AUUUUAGGGUUCUGCUAGGGAUUAGAGGAUCCCCAAAUUCCCCCUCUCCUAUAAAAAGUCGUCGUCUUCUUCUUCCUUUCCUUCGAUCUAUAUACUAGACCUCCGAACCAAACCGAGGGCAAGAGCAUCCGAUUCGCCGCCGCCUUCGUCUUCCUCGCAGAGAUGGCGGACGUGGAGGAGUACCGUUGCUUCAUUGGGAAUCUGUCAUGGUCCACAACUGAUGAAAGCCUCAAGGAUGCCUUUGGCAAAUUUGGCAACCUCACUGAAGCAAAGGUGGUUUUUGACAAGUAUUCUGGCCGUUCUCGUGGUUUUGGCUUUGUGACCUUUGAUGAGAAGAAAGCCAUGGAAGAUGCUAUUGAAGGAAUGAAUGGAUUGGAUUUGGAUGGGCGGGCGAUCACUGUCGAUAAAGCUCAGCCACAAGGACCUGGUAGAGACCGUAAUGGAGACCGUGAUUAUGAUCGUGACCGUGGAUCUCGUUAUGACCGUGGCCGUGACUUUGGUGGUGGUGGGCGUGCACCACGUGGCUCAGGUGGUGGUGGGGAUUGCUACAAGUGUGGAAAACCUGGCCACUUUGCUAGAGAGUGCCCAUCUGGAGAUGGUGGUGGUAGAGGUGAUAGAUAUGGUGGCCGAGAUGAUAGGUACGGUGGUGGUGGUGGCGGUGGCGGCCGUUAUGGAUCUGACCGUGGUGGUGACCGUUAUUCUGGUCGUAGUCGAGAUGGUGGUGGCUACGGUGGAGGUGGGGGUGACCGUUACAGUCGUGACCGGUCUGGUCCCUAUUGAUGGCCUAUCAAAUCUCUAAGAAGUAUGUUCCAUCCAGGUAUGGAAGUCUAUCUACUAUUGUGAGCUGUGUUUCCUUGUGUCUGGAACUUUGUGUUCAUGUAGUUUGAGAACUAUGGUGUACCAUGAGAAAGCAUCUACUUUAUUAUCGACUGUAUUACUGACAUUCUUAUUAUUGUUUCCUGCUUGUUGCCAGGCAUAUGACUUGUUCAUAGUGCUUGGCGCUUGGUCCUACAUAUUUGCUUGAUAUGCUGUUGGGUGAUUCUUUUCUUGGUUGAGACUUGAGAGGUGGUUUUUGUCACAUUACUUGUUGAUGCUCUGUUACGUUGGUUGUGCUCAUGCGGCAUAGCACCUUUGGAAACGGGAUAUGUGGGAUUGGACCGGUAAAUUGUUUUGUUUCUGUUCUCUUGGGAGAGGAAGCAUUCUACUGAACCUUGCUUGAAAAUGCCAUAAGAAAAAUCUUGGUCCUUAAUCAACUCAUCUCAAGGCAGGUGAUGAACCAUUCAUAGGGGAAAUGAACUGGUAAUCUUUAACUCUUUAUCUUCAAGAUUGUGUAAACCCAUCAUUCUCAAAUGUUUGUUUUGUUUUGGCAGGUUUGUUUGAGUUCUUUGUUCUCUUGUUCUGGAUUGGUUACUACUGUCUUAACAGCGAUUUGUUCUAGUCUUAUGACCGGCUUGUUCGUUGGCAUCAAUCUAUCAUGUGCGGUUUAGCGUGGGAAGGCCACUGCUGCCUUGCAUAGUGUUUCUUUGUUACUCUGAUUGGCUUUGCUACCUGGUUAUUGUUCCAUUGACCCUGGCCCUUCCGGAGUUGCUGCUGUUGUGUUGCUUCUUGGAUUGUGCCAUUCCUUGUUACUGCCCUGCUGUGAUCAUGUUUAAGCGACCUGAAUAUCUGAGCGAUGCUACGUGGUUGCUGUUCUUUGUCACAUUUGCCACUGAAGUAGCUGUUCCUCGUCACUUUGCCACGGAGUAGCUCCUGCUGCUUUAUUUCUUGGCUGCCUGCUGGAGUACUUAGUUUAUAGCAACAAAAUAGUAUAUAUCGGCAACAGAACUACAGAAACAUUUUUUUUUAACUCUGAUGAAUUUUGAUUACGUAUUGAACUCACGGCUGUACAUUUGUAACAUAGGAUGUACCUUAACUCAUGCAGUAUAUACUGCAAGAGUGCAAUUUUGCAGUGGUAUUCAAUUCAUGGGUAUUGCUUAUCCAAGAUUAAGCAAGCCGAUUUGAUGCA